AUGGUAACUUGUUUAAGGUGUGGUAAAAAAGGUCAUUAUUCAAAAAAUUGCCUCACAGAAAGAGAAACACCAGUUCCCCAUGGAGAAAAAUCUACUCAACCCACUAGGGUCAUAAAACGUGAAACUGAAGCACACUAUGGUGGAGUCAAUAACAAUUAUAAUGAAAGAGAAAUGUACACUAUUGAUAAUAGAGAAAAUCUCAAAGAUCCCUUAAAUAAUGAUGAUAAUCUGUUCGAUCAAUUGGUUUAUGAAAAUGAAGAAGUUAAAGAAACUGAUGAAUAUUUUACAGAAGAAAUGUUAAGUGAAAAAGAAGAUUCAGAAUUGUACAUUAACCCCUGGCAAAAUGCUUAA